AUCUUGAUACUACAAAUGAAGACUAUGAUUAUGAAGAAGAUACUUCUCAAGAAUUAGAACUAGAAUCAAAUGAAAAUAUCUUUAUAGAUAAGGAAUCUGAAGACAUUAUACAGAUUCCUAAGAAGUAUCAGAUUGCUUAG